GCAUCCAUUGGCUAAAAUGUACACAAAUUUGUCCUUUAGCGGAAAGUUCUUCUGACAUAAAUCGAGAUUAUUUUCAAGCGAUUUUUUUGUAAACAAUGUUAGAGAGGAAAAGCGAAGGCUAAGUAAAAAAAAAAAAAACUUCAGCGCGGUGAACAGACAGGAGUUUGGUGACUUUCCAUUGUUAUUAACAUUAGUUAGAUGACGUUUGCUAGCUAACUCACACAAUUUGACUUCAGUGUAAUGGCGAAUUAUAAUUAGUUGUGAAAUGUCAGGAGAGGAAGCGAUAGCGGGAUGCGAGGCUGAUGUGACGGUGUUUUUUGCCGAGUCGUUGUAUGUGAAUACUGAAGUGUUGUGUGUGGCUACAGUGAGUGGAGCACUGUCCGCAGUGUUAGCUGCUGCUCUGCUCUACGUCUUCUGUCUGAAGCCCCUGCUCCUAACUAGACAAGGCUACAAUGCAAGGAGGCUGCUUGACCCUGAUGAUGGGGAUUUGGACAACAACCACAGUGACUGUGUUAGCAACAGCAGAAAAGAGGCUCCCAGUGGUACCACAAAUGAAAAGGAGAAGAAGCAGCCACCCAUGAACAGUGACAUCACUGCAUUUGCAUCCAGAGCAAAGGUGGUUUAUCCCAUCAACCAAAAAUACAGACCUUUAGCAGAUGGAGCAUCCAACCCAUCACUACAUGAGCAUACCAAGAUGGCAGUGGAGGAGUCAUCGUCCUCCACGGACGGAGACUCUAUGAGCCAAGACCAAGACAAUGAUGACAGCAGUCAGUUUAUUUCUUACUCGCUGGUCCCCAAAAGUCUGCAGAACCAGAGUUUCACUCGGGUGUCUCACUACCCCCACACACUGACACAAACAGGAUUUGAAGGCAGGAUUAGUCUUUACUGUUUGGCCCUGCAGGACAUACAACACCUUUGCUCUCACCUUCAGGAAGAAAAAUUUCUGAUUUUUCUUCAAAUGGUGAAAAUGAUAUUUAGCCGCCGGUUCCCAAAAGACAAAAAUGAUGCAGACUUCAGCAAGAAUAUUCUACAAAUGCAGGAAAAGGAAAUAAACGAACUGAAGAAACUGUUGUCGUCAGACCAGAUUGUUGUUGAGAAAAACGACAAUGCUCCCUGUACUUUGGAGGAGAUUGAGAGAGCUCAGAAAGAUCACCUUGAACGCAGCCUUCAAAUGUCCAAAGGUUUCAGCAAACAGGUGGAGGACCUGUUUCAGCAUCUGCUCAGCAAGACCAGCAUUUUCUCUCGGGAUGAAGCUCAGGAUGUGAUUAUGUCUCUCAUUCAAACUCUCUUGUUAGUAGAGAACCACCUGGUGAACACUCAAGAGGCUGAGCUCAAAAGAAUCCAGCAGAAGCUGCUGUGGUGGGAGGAGCUAACGGGGCUUCUUCAGUCCCAACCUGCAGUGCUUAAGUGGGAAAUGUCUCUGAUGCAGGGUUUGAUAGCCACAACGCUGGAGCAGCUGACCAGUGAUGAUGUCUUAACCUUUAACCACAUGGAAAAGAUCCUUUCAGAAGUUCAGGCCACUCUGAUGAAGGGCCUUCAGCAAUGCACCGAGGAGUGGACACAGAAGACAAAAGAGCUGGUGAAUGACAAGUGCAGUAAAAUAGUGUCCAAGCGGAAAAAACUUCAGAGGAGUCAGACCAAGGGAAAGGCCGUUGCUCUGGAACUGACGCAGACUCACGGAGACCUGCAGCAGCUCGCCAAGGAGCACCAGGAGCUGCUGGUCAAACACAGGCAACAGUCGUCCGAUCUCGACCUGCAGCACGAGAACAGAGUGGCCGAAGCUCUCACUGAACUUUGGAGGAAACUCCGUAUCUCCUGGUCAAAGAAACUUGGCGAGCUAGCCAAAAAUGUCUUUCUUGCCUUGGUCUCUGCCAAGUCUCAACUGUCUGCUGAGUGCUGUGAGAAGCUGUGGUUGGAUCUGGAGCAGAAGCUGGUCGCACAGCUGCAGCAGGUGGAGAACACCAUCAAGCUGCACCUGGAGGACAUGAAGGCUGAAGUGGAUAAGGAUGGACAGGUGUGGAGUGAGGAGAUGUCUCUGGCACAGGCCUGUCUCAAACAUCUCACCGAACAACAGAUGAAGAUUCUCAAAGACAUGGUGGCUAGACAGAGCUACGCACUCAACAGUGGAGUGGGACUGCUGAUGGAGAGGAAACAUGAGCACAUGUUGGCGGCGGCGCAGAGGAGCUUUGUGGUCAGGCACUUCUGUCUGCACAUGCUGAAGGAGAUGAAGCUGUCAAAGCUGAAGGCCCUCUCUCAGACUGACUUCAGAACUGUGCUCAUGGACGACCCCAGUAAAAGCCAGUCCUGUGUCAGUGCAACUUUCAAGAACAGCCGUGCCAGCCUAGCAGAGAGGCAUCUUGGUCCAGAGAGCCAGCUGGUGGGCCACAACUUCCAGCAGGAGUUCCUGUCUGAACUGGAAACAGGGAUGGAGCUGCUUCAGUGCCAUGCACAGCUGGUUGUUGGCAAUGCCCUCAGCCAAGCCGUCCAGCAGAUGAUGGAGACCCUGCCCAUGGAGUCCUUGGCCUCUCCAAAACAGGAUGAUAGCUUAAAGCACCAUCUGAUGGAAACUGUGUCAGAGAGCGUAUACAUGACCAAAAACUCUCUCAGUGCACUCGUCCAACGCUACUACUCACAUCUACAGGAUGUUACCAGAAAGAUACCACAGGAGCAGCCAAACAUGAACCAGGAGGUGAAUGAGCAGCAAGAGCGCAGCAGUCAGCUGAACACAGCUUUACAGAGAGAGCUGGUGAACUGGGGCAAAAAACCCACCUCGGUCGAGUUCCAACAGAGGGUGGAACUUCACAAAAGGAGGGUGUUGGAACAGUGUUACCUCCAACAGGAUAUGAUCUAUGAGGAACUAAAGCAGAGGAAAGUGGCCCAAGAUCAAACCAUGGAAAGUCUCAAAAAGCAGCUACUGGAGGCUGAAGAAGGCUUCAUGAAUGAUGUGGCAGUCCUGGCCCGGGUUUCUCCUCACGUGCAUCCAGAGAUUAGUGAAGAAGAGGACAAUGCUGGUGGUAAAGCGUACUCACCCCCAAAGAAGAACAAGUCAGAUGGCACACAAAUGCAUUUUAUUAUUAACUCUAUUAACAUCUGCCAAGCAUAGACCAGAAAGGCCAAAUGUGUCAACUUUAGGUUGGCAACAACUAACAAUGAUUUUUCUCACUGGUUUGUGAAUCUGCUAUUUUUAAGCCAUGAACAUUUCGAUUCAGCCUGCACAUGUCUUGUCUUGUCUUGUCUUGUCUUCAUCAAUUUAUGUGGGUCCAGGUUUUGAGGACAGCCGCUCUCAGCUCAUCCCUGACCACUAACUCCUGCAGAAAGAUAAUGAGGCAUUCUCAAGCCAGCCAAGGAUACCAGCUACAAAAUGGCUUUGAAUUAAAACUGAACAAUUAUAUCAAAUACAUCAACAUUGUACUGGUAAUCUCCUCUCAGCAUAAAGAUACCAGGACAUGAAUUCUGGACUAUAUCACCAAGACAUAGCAGAGAGUGUGUAUAACUGCAGUAUUAUGUGAAAUGUUUGAUUUCAAGCUGCUGCCAACUAAUAGUAACCAUGGUAACUUCCCUGAAAUCACCGGUGUGGAAAUAUUUUGGGUUGAGUUUUGUCAACAACGUUCACAUCGUCGACAAGAAAACCUCGGUGUGUAAACUAUGUUAAAUAGUGUGGAAUUAAUUUCAUUAUCUUGGCCAUGACAGUGGGUUUAAAAAAAACCAGUCUGAUCCAUAUAGACAAGUUGAAUGAGGAUUUAUGAUUAAAUCUGUCUCUGAAUUAGUUAUGGAAUCAGUUGUAUUUGCUUACUUCUGAUAAAGUACGUGUCUAACAGCCUAAAAAUAAGUGGCUUUAAAAAUUGAAAUGUUGAAUGAACCUUCUGAAUUGACAUUAAAAUAAAAACAAUUAUUGUACGUUGUA